AUGCGCAUGACUAGAGCUCAAGCGGCUGCUCUGGCGGCUGCCGAAGCUGAAGCAGAGGGGGCUGAGCCUGGAGCUACCAACGACAUUAAUGAACAUGAAUACGACGACACGAAGAAUGGCUCUACGACACCGACUGGAGAAGCUCAGGAGCCUGAAGCAUUGGCUGAUUUGACGACCAAUCUGGAUACUAGUAACGCCGUUGAUGAUCAACAAGAGCUGGACAAUGUAGAGAGCGAGAACCAGACAAGCGAGGAGCAGACGAAUGGCAAUGCGGAAAACAGCGAACAGGAAGAGCAACAAGGUAUGUUGAACAGCACCGCUACCCGCGCUUGA